CUCUCUGCUGCUCAUGCAAACACACACACACUCAUACACACCCAGUCUCACACCGCGAACCAGCCAGCCAGCCAGCCUUUCGCUCCUCACUCACACCCUCAAAUCUUACCAAACUCAGCUCUCUCUGCUCAGAGGCAGACAGGAGCAGCACAGCAGCCUGUGAGAGGAGUUUAGGGAAGGAGCAGAGUGAGGAGUCAGAGAAAAAGAGAGAGAGAGAGAGAGAGAAGAGGGGGGUUAAAAAGUGAAGGGAGAGGAGAGCCCUGUUCCCCAUAUGCUGAGGAGGCAUGGGCGGUUGAACAAGCUGCCCCCACUGAAGCCCUCCUGACUCAUGGGAGUGUCAGAGCCUGAUGCCCCAGAGAGCCCGAAAACGCUGCUGAUCCACGCGUAAGAGAGAGAGAGAGAGAGAGAGAGAGAAGGAAGGAGGGGAGCCAGAGAGGAGAGAAAAAAAGUCCAAGGAGAGAGAAGGAAGAGGAGAGGGAAGAAAGCCACAACGGUAGGCUGUCCCACUCGACUGCUGUGCCGUGAUGACGUCAGAGGUCAUGUGACCCGGGCUUCUCCAGUGACGGCACAUGGAGGGCAGGAAAGAGACGAGUUUUAAAGCUGGUGCCUUUUGGGUUGUGUGAGGGCUCUGCUCGCCUCCCAAACAACCACAGAACCACAGACGUGCGGCUCGGGGUUGGUGUUUGAGGGCGACCCGGAGUGUAAAUGGUUAAUCGUCGCGGGCCAGCACCAGUCACAGGGACGGCGCUAAGCGAGUAAGACGUGUCAAGGGUCACGGAAACCACAGAGGAACAAAAGUUGGGCUUGCUGCGACCAGAGGCAGCUAUGGCAUCUAACAGCCUUUUCAGCACAGUGACACCGUGUCAACAGAACUUCUUCUGGGAUACCAGCGCCAGUCGGAGGUUCAGUCCGCCGUCCAAUAGCCUCCAGCCGGUCCCAGGGAAGAUGAACGAUGUGAGCUCUCCAGGCGGGCAGCCGGACGCAGCGGCGGUGCCCAGACUGCGUCCCCACGAAAACCGCAGCAUGGCCGAGAUCAUCGCCGACCACCCGGCCGAGCUGGUCCGGACCGACAGCCCCAACUUUCUGUGCUCGGUCCUGCCCUCCCACUGGCGGUGUAACAAGACGCUGCCUGUCGCCUUCAAGGUGGUUGCCCUGGGAGACAUACCUGAUGGGACCGUCGUCACAGUAAUGGCGGGCAAUGAUGAGAACUACUCGGCUGAGCUCAGGAAUGCCUCAGGUGUGAUGAAGAACCAGGUAGCCCGUUUCAACGACCUCCGCUUCGUGGGCCGCAGUGGCCGAGGCAAGAGCUUCACGCUGACAAUCACAGUAUUCACCAACCCACCACAAGUGGCCACUUACCACCGAGCCAUAAAGGUCACCGUGGACGGACCGCGUGAACCAAGGAGACAUCGUCAGAAACUCGAAGACCCUCCAAAGGCUGGUCUCUUCUCAGACCGUCUUAGUGAGCUAGAGAGGAUGAGGGUUAGGGUGGCGGUUCCCACUCAAGGACCUCGGCCAACUCUUAACACAGGAGCCAACUCCUUCAACCCGCAGGGGCAGACGCAGAUAACAGACCCUCGUCAGUCCCAGUCCUCUCCUCCCUGGUCGUAUGAACAGACGUACCCGUCCUACCUGAGUCCCAUGGCGUCCCCCUCAGUCCACUCCACCACCCCCCUCUCCUCCAGCCGAGGCACGGGCCUUCCUGCCAUCAGCGACGUGCCUCGACGAUUGCCAGGUUCGUCCGACCUGAGCCCAUUCCCUGGUCAGUUUGAGCGUCAGUUCCCGGGCCUCUCCUCCCUCACAGAGACUCGUUUCUCCAGCCCUCGCAUGCACUACCCGGCCACCUUCACCUACACCCCGCCGGUCACCUCUGCCAUGUCGCUCGGCAGCGCCCACUACCACACCUACCUUCCCCCUCCUUACCCGGGCUCCACCCAGAGCCAGAGUGGACCCUUCCAGACCAGCAGCACGCCCUAUCUCUACUACGGCGCCUCGUCCGGCUCGUACCAGUUCUCCAUGGUUCCAGGCGGGGACCGUUCGCCCUCCCGGAUGAUCCCUCCUUGCACUAGCGCUUCCACGGGCACCUCCCUGGUGAACCCCAACCUGCCCAGCCAGACGGAGGGAGGGGUCGACGGCGAUGGGAGCCACAGUAACUCCCCGACCGUUCUCAACCCUGGAGGCCGCAUGGAUGAGGCAGUCUGGAGGCCGUAUUGAAGAAAAUAAGUGGGCGGAGACUGGAAGACAACCGAUGUCAUGGUUCAAAAGCACAAAACCUUUUUUGAUGAAUAAAGGGGAUUUUUGAGCUCUCAUCAACCAUCUCUACCUUUUGUUGGAAAUUAAGGCUGAGAUGAUAAAAAAAAAAAAAAAAGACAGGACUGGUACAGACUUGUCUUCCUUGGAAUGUGUUUUGACCAAGGCACAACAAAGGAAGCGAUUCUCACAGCAAUAAUAAGAGACGUUUUUACAAGGCUCAUGUGGAUGAGACAUUAUUUCAGUUUUAUUAUAAUCCACAAGCUAAGGGAUGCUUCAACAAUAUUUGUAAAAGACUGCCUCUUUUGUAUAGUGUUUGUAUUUCAAUAAGGCUUUUUGCAGAGCAUGUUUUUGUACUACGACAAUAUCAAGAUGCAAGUUAGGCACUGAGUAGCAAGUGAGGAGAGUAACACAUAUGUUACCAUAAGUGGUAUGGACAGAAAAUUUGCUUUAAACCAAUUAAUUUAACUUGUAUAUUGUGGGUGAAACGUUGAUGUAGAUUGAGGCGUUUUUCUUAGUUUAACUUAUAAAGCCAUAAAUUAUGUAUUGUAUUUGAAACUUGAGUCAAAGAAGUGUAAUCUGAAUAUUUUUGAUGCAUCUAUAAAUUAAAAUCUUCUUUUGUUUUUUGAUAGGUAAUUUAAGAGAGUGAGAGGUGUUUAAUUUGUUUCUUGUUGUUCCCAAAGAUUGAAAUCGUUUUGAAUAUGAAAUGUAAUUUCCAAAGAGUAUUGCAACAUGUUUCUUCUGGUGUAACUUUCAGUUUAACUGCUCCGCACGUUAAGAGCCCAACAUCCUCGCUAGGCGUUGACACACAUUUGGCUGGGAAUUAAACCUUUGGUAUUUAUUGAGCAAUAACUCGUAUUGUGCCUCUUGGCAACAUACCAUGAAAGAGAGCUUCAUUUGGGGAAAAUAAUUAUCCGUCAGGGAAAUUCUGCUUGAUUUCUUCAGUUUUGUCUAGUCUGACAUUCGCACAGAUACAUAUGUGCUUUCUUUUCCCAAUAAGAACAAGUACUUUUAUACACGAACUGACAUGCAGCCCAGAGAUUAUAAAGGCGGAGCCGGGCCUGUUUGUGCUCUGAGCGCGCUCCAAAGCAGCAGGUCAGACUUUAGGGUUCACUUCAUUUAUAACUCAUAAACUCCUCAGGACUGGAAUAAUGCUUGGAUAAUCCUAAAACUGAUGUGUUAAAUCUGUGUGUCUUUUCAGACCCAGUCUGUCUGAAUGCUCUGUCAAGAUUAUAGGGAAAAAUGCCAAGUCUAUUAUAACUUUCAUAACAUGAGCAAGAGAUAGCUUUUUUAAAAAAAGGGUGUCUUUGUGUGUGACACACACGGGUUCUUUUGUUUGUUUGCAUUUUCUCUUUCAGUCUCUGAGAUUGAAAAGGAAAUAUCACAGUUCAAAGACAAAACAGACUGUGACAUUCCUUCAGACAUUUAUUUAUUUUCCAUUUUUGCCUUUUGUUGACACGCUUUUCCAAAUAGAUUUGUAUCCUCUUCUUUUCAGUGUUACGCUCUAAAAUGGUUCUGUGGCACCAGUGUGGCGGGGAGGUCUGAUAUUUUCAUGUGAGAAGUGUCGGAGUAGAAGGAAAGAAAAGUGCAAAAAGCGAGGUGAUUGGAUGCAGCUGCUGGCAGCACAACUGGUAACCAAAAAAUAUGGGAGACUUGUGUAUGUUUGUUUCAUAAAGCACUUAUUUCUUGUUUUAUUUCUAGCAGCACUUGCGGCUGGCUGCCAGCAGGGCUUGAGGUUUUGGUCCUCAGUGUCUAUCUAAUGCCACUGAAGUCACACACACACACACACACACACACACACACACACAUAAACACACAUAUAAACACACAUAUACACACAAAGAAUGGAUAACACUUGGUCAAACAAGCCAUUUUCACUGCAGUUGAAUCUGAUCUCACAAGGCAGUUGGUAUUUAUUUAAAAAGGCAUUUUUUGUAAAAUAUGAUAUUCCGAGCAUGUAGGUAAUAUAAUAACUCAAUUUGAAAAAGCUGAGAAAAACACGGCCAUGUCCAAGGAUCAGACUUCAGACUUUUCAUUGAAGGUUUGCACGCAGCGCCGCUUUUCCGUCUCUGCAGAGGAUGUUCUGAUCUGGCUUAAUUGAAGUGAACAUGUCGGACUACAUUUCCCUGACUUCUUCAGCCCAAAUAAAAAGUCUUUGUCCUGUUCCAGAGACACAAACAAGAACAAAUAAAACCUUUCAGAUUGUUGUGAUUUCAUAGCUGUCUACCCAUCACAGAAUCACUCGAUGUUCCAUAAUAACUAUGCACAUCUGUUGGACUUUAUUCAAUCUGCUUUUGUCUCUGCAAACAGGAAGUAUUCUUUUAAAAACUGUUUACACAUCAACGUAGCACUGACAUCCCAUUCUGUCCUCUUCUGCUUUAGUUUGUUUUUUGUCUCUUUAAGAAAUCAAGAGGUUCAACCUUUCUCUGUGCUUUGUUAAAUGUAGCGUCAGAACUCCUUGUAUUAUUCAAUGAUCCACAUGUAUCAUACCAAGAAACUGUACCUGACCCUGCUCUCAUGUAAAGUUGACUUCUUUUGUCUAUUUUUAUUCUUCUUCUCUCAUUUAAACUUGUCAGGAAAUGGAAUCUAAUGGAGCCUCUGUUAGAUUUUGCUGGUACAUUAAAUAAAAUGUUUUUUAAAGGGAUAAACAGACCUGACAACAGUGAGUGAAAUUGGCAUUGUGAUUGUACAUUUGUUUAUUUUAAGAAUAAAAUAGGAAUUUUGUAACUUAA